AUGUCAAAUUCAUUUGUAACAGUGAGAUCGCAAGCUAUCUCCUUAGAGUCUCAGACAGACUCCCUAUUGACCAGAUACUCCUCUUUCGCUCAAACAACGAGCUCUGAACCAUUGGCGCAAGAAACACAACUACAAGAGAAGUUGGAAACCAUUCUCAAUAAAAGACAAGAUAUUGUCGAAACACUACAAAAAAUUGCAGACAAUGAUAGCGACAUAUCUACAACAAAACUAUCCCAGCUCCAGCGUCAUAGAGAAACAUUGCAAGAGAACUGGCAGACAUUCCGUAAUAUCCGUUCCUCCAUCCAGCAAGAGCGCAAUAGAUUAAAUCUCCUAUUCUCUGUGAAAAAGGACUUACAACAAGAUACGAUUGAAAAUCGUGAUGAAUAUAUUCAAGACGAGUACCGUAGAGUCGAAAAUUCUCAUUCAGUAGUAGACUCUUUAAUAGAUCAGGCUUAUGAAACUCGGGACCAAUUUAUGUCCCAACGUCGGGUUUUGCACAAGUCCGGUGACAGAAUCUUACAGACAUUGCAGCACAUUCCCUUAAUUAACAACGUUAUAGCCAAGAUUAAUACAAGGAGAAAGAAGAAUGCAGUAAUAUUGGCUUCCCUAAUUUCAAUUUGUAUUUUAGUUUUAUUCUUUACUGCCUAA